AUGCCCCUGAAGAUGUCAAAUUUUGAUGAAGCCACGCCGAGCUUCAAUUUCACAGCUACACAAGAUUGGUUUUCCUUCAAUAUCGAAACCUGGAGGUCGCUCUUCAAGUUCGUCCAAUCGCCAAACCCUCGAGUAUUAGAGAUUGGAUCCUGGGAAGGGAGAUCCGCCGUGUUCCUCUUAACGGAACUAUGCGCGGGAGGUGGUGAAAUUGUAUGCGCCGACCACUUUGAUCUCAUGAAGACCACUGCUGGGCGGGAGCGUUACCAGAAAGUCGUGCAUAAUUUAUCCCUGACAGGAAAACCAUUCCGCAUCCUCGACGAAUUCAGUGUUCCGGCACUCAUGACCCUCCUACGGGAAGAAAUGUCUUCCACGAACCCUGGAUAUGAUUGGAUAUACGUAGAUGGAUCUCAUGAAGCGGACGACACCUUUCUUGAUGGCGAGUUGGUCUGGAGACUAGCCAAGCAAGGUGCCGUGAUCGUGUUCGACGAUUACCAUUGGGAUAAAGAGCCAGAGAAUAGCAUUCAUCACCCGAAGCGAGGGAUUGACGCAUUUCUGACGCUUCACGCAGGAGAGUUUGAACUGCUCUCGAGCCCAUUGCAGUACCAGCUAGUCCUCCAGAAAACAUCUGAGAUGCGAAUCGGGUUUCUCUCGAAGGAAAACAUUGACCAUGGGCUGGAGAAUGUCCUAGGAUAUAGCAUCCACAUCGCUUUGACUGUUGAUUCUGCUUAUGCAAUGGCAGCAGCCGUUGUCAUCCGCAGUACCAUCGUUCACACAACUGGACGACUCACCUUCUAUGUGGUAGACCUGGGCCUCACUGAUGAAGAUCGAGGGAGAUUGGAGGGAUUUUCCGAGAACAGGGAUGUAACCAUCGUCUUCAUUUCGCUGCCAACCAACAGCAUCACCGCUAAGCACGGAGCCACCUUUGCGAAGAUCGAUAUGAUUCCAAUCCUGCCGGUCGAACGUGUCCUAUACCUGGAUGCAGACGUACUUGUUAGAGCCAAUUUACAGCCAUUGUGGGCUACGGACCUGAAGAGAAACUCAAUUGCAGCGGUUACCGAUAUCGGAUUUCCAAUGGGACAUGAAGGGUUGCAGAGGGGUUCGUAUUUCAAUGCAGGUGUAAUAUUGAUGAACCUUACGAAGAUUCGACAUCGCUUCAAUGUGCUGAAAGCCACAGCCGAAGAGAUGAUGCAAAGCAAAUUCCGCGACCAGGACGCAUUGAACAGACAUUUCAUGAAUGACUGGCUGCCACUGUCACUUAAGUGGAAUGCUCAAGGAUUAGGAACAUAUGCCAGUCUGCCAUCCCCCGACCGAGCUUCCAUGGAUAUAUCGCCAAUGCAGGACCCAUCCAUAGUUCACUUCACAGGCCCUGUCAGUCCAGCACUAGAACAUGUGCUCAAUCCGUAUGUUCAGCCAUAUACCGCGAAGCCGUGGGGAUAUGCCGGCGCACCGGGAAAUCCAUACAAGGAGGAGUGGUGGAAGCUGGUGGACCAGACAGAAUGGAGCGGGUGGAGAACUUCGGAAGCCUAUUGUAAGGCGAAUGCAUUAGCAAAGGAUAAGGCAAUCCGCGAGGCUGUUGAACGAUUCCAGCAGAAAAUUAUCGAAAGCCAUAUCACAUUGUAA